GAACACUACAAGGACAUUCGGAAAUUUCGCGCACGCGCACCUGACCGUUAAUCCAGUACCGGCGAACAAGAUUUGUGACAGCAGUACCAUUAACCAAACCUCAACCAAACACCCAACAUGUCUGAUAUCAAAGUAGGAAUCAACGGAUUUGGCCGUAUUGGCCGUCUUGUGAUGCGUGCUGCCCUAGAUAAACAAAUGAACGUUGUUGCAAUCAACGAUCCGUUCAUUGAUUUGGAAUACAUGGUAUAUAUGAUGAAGUACGAUUCCACACACGGUCGCUGUACCUACACUGUGGAUUAUGAUAAAGAUAACAAAAAACUCAUCGUAAAUGGACAAAAGAUCGCCGUCUUUGCAGAACGUGAUCCAGCUGCUAUUGGUUGGGGUGACUCUGGUGCAGACUAUGUUGUAGAAUCAACAGGUGUCUUCACAACAUUGGAAAAGGCUGCCGCUCAUCAGAAAGGAGGGGCCAAGAAAGUCAUUAUUUCUGCACCAUCUGCUGAUGCACCUAUGUUUGUCAUGGGAGUCAACCACAAAAGUUAUCAAAACAGUAUGAAUAUUGUCAGCAAUGCUUCCUGCACUACCAACUGCUUGGCUCCUCUUGCCAAGGUGAUCAACGAUAAGUUUGGUAUUGUGGAGGGUUUGAUGACCACCGUACAUGCCAUCACAGCCACACAAAAGACAGUGGAUGGUCCUAGUGGCAAGGACUGGCGUAGUGGACGUGGAGCUUUCCAGAAUAUCAUUCCAUCCUCCACAGGCGCUGCCAAGGCUGUCGGCAAGGUCAUUCCAGAACUUAAUGGAAAACUGACUGGAAUGGCUUUCCGUGUCCCUGUUCCGGAUGUGUCUGUUGUUGACUUGACCUGCCGACUAAAAAAUGGUGCUACCUACGAUGAAAUCAAAGCUGCCAUCAAGAGUGCAGCUGAUGGAGAUCUGAACGGAUUCCUUGGCUACACCGAGGAUAAAGUGGUGUCACAAGAUUUCUGUGGGGAUUCAAGGAGCAGUAUCUUUGAUGCUAAUGCUGGAAUUGCACUCAACAACAACUUUGUCAAAUUAAUCUCCUGGUAUGACAACGAGUUCGGAUACAGUUGCCGUGUUGUUGAUCUGAUCAAGCACAUGAAAAGUUGUGAAUGAGAAUGUUCUAUUUGACGCUGGUAGAUACGUUUACACCUGUAUUAUAAGAACUUUGAACUGGUCGUUACUUCACUUCUUAAUUUGUCAGUAACAAUUCAUCCAUACUUGAUUUCCUUGAAAAACUACCUGUGUAUAUUACACGCUGCAUGGAUCCUUGCUGAUUUGCUCAGAAAUCCAGCUUAUAUAUUUAUUUACAAUCCUCUGUCAUAGUUUUUAAACUGAUUGUAAAACAGUCUGACUGGCUUGAUGGAACAAGACUCAAAAAUGUUUGGUCUGUUCUGACAUUUUCGUGUUUAGCCUGGUCACCAUCAGUCAUUUUAAACUCAUUUAAUAUUUUAUCCCCCAGUGUACAGGAAGUGCUAGGCAAAAAAAGUGCUAAGUUUUACAUUAAUGUAACUUGAGAUUAUAUAUUGUUAGAAGUGUUGAAUACACCAGGAAAGAUAACUCCAAAAGGAUUCUGGUGCAAUGACACAUGUUGGUGUGUAUUAGUGUUGAAAAUAAAAUGGUCUGUCACAG